CGCUGCCGUCCUCGGGGCGCCGGGAAACGGCCCAUUGUGACAGCGGCGGCGCGUUGCCGGGCCCUUUGUGAUGCGGGGCCUCCUUGGGCCCGCGGGCCAUUGUGACAGCGCGGGGCCCCGCCCUGCCCGGGAGGCUAUUUAGGAGGGCAGAGCCCUGCAGUACCCUCUUUCUCCCAGGAGAGCAUCUGUCUCACGAGGCAGCAUCUCUCUCGGGGACCUCAGCGGCAGAGGAAGUAGCCGACGCGGAAGAUGUGGACGACGAAGAAGUUCACCGACUUGCAGCCACGCAAGUGGCUGUCGAGCUGGCAGAGGAAGCACAAGGUGGACAACUGGCAGACGCAGGCAGCAGCGCAGGAAGAGGAGAAGAGCGCCUCUUCUGCUGCUGCCGCAGCUGAGCAGGUGAGAGCAGCAGGGGCAGAGAGCCAGGCAGCUGCCCCACGCAGCCCCAGAGGCCGCGGCCGCGCUGUGCUGGGCACCCUGCAGCGCGUGGCACGCGCCGCCCGCAGCAGGCUGGCGGUUGGGAUGCGGCGACGUGGCCAGAAGCCGGAGCCACAGAGGGAGGUGGAACAAGGUAGGGAGGCAGCCAGAGCAGGAACAUCCGCAGCAGCAGGGUCAGAGAGGCAGGACUCUGCCCUGCAAAGCCCCUGCUGUCCCCCCAGCCCCUUCCCAAGCCAUCUGGAAGCCCUCCGUGGGCAGUGGGCCGGGGCAGCAGCGGGGGCAGUGCUGCCAGUGGCAGAGAGGGAGGACCAGGCCUGCUCCGAGGACGAGAGCCUCUGGGACAUCUCCAGCCUCUUCGAGCUGUCAACGGGGGAUGAAAGCCCAGAGGAAAGCUGGAGCAGUGGGCAAGAAUGUAGCUCAGGGUCCCUCCCGUGCCAGGCAUGGGCAGAGCCCGGGAGCUCUCAAGCAGGCACAACCCCAGUCCACGGCCCAGGGCUCAGUCUCACAAGCCCUUCCACCAGGGCAAAGACCCCCACCCCGGACGGCUUUCCAGACCGCUGCGCCCUCAGCCCCUUGCCAAGUGACCUGGAAGCUCUCAGUGGGCAGUGGGCAGGGACAGCAGCCGAGGCCGUCCUGCCAGUGGCAGCGAGCGAGGAUGGGGCGUGCUGCGAGGAGCUCUCAGACAUCUGCAGCCUCCUAGAGCUGCCCCAAGAAGAACGCAGCGGAGACCAAAGGUGGAGGAGGAGAGAAAAGAGGCUCCCCGUGCCCAUGCCACGGGAGGCAUGGUCAGAGCCCUGGGGCCUUCAAGUGCCCACAGCGACAGCCCGUGCCCCAGUUCGCCCGUGCCUCGGCAGCCCUUCCACCAGGCCACAGGCCCCGAGCCCGGACGCCUGCCCCCCCAGCCCCUCGCCAAGCCAGCUGUCAGCUCCCAGUGGGCAGUGGGCAGGGCUCCCGCACGUCUCCAGGGAGUCCCGAGGGCAAGAAAACGCAGACCCACCGCUGUCCCCGGAAGAAGACAGCCACGGCGAGGAGCUGUCAGAGAACAAAGGGCAAGGCGUCCAAAUAUACACCAUCUGGGUCAAGCCCUCCCUCAUUCCGGUGCUGCUGGAGCCUCAGCCUGCUGGCCCGGAAGGGCCCAAAUGUCCCUGCGUCAUCUGCGCAGAGGCGGCCCAAGAGGCAGUCGGGGACCCGCGCGGCACAUCUCCUGCCCCGGCGGCUCCCAGGCACAGCCGGCCAACGGCUGCUGCCCCGCAGCGCCCCACAGGCUGCUGCCCCGCCGUGCUGGACACGCUGCAGCGCACGGCACGUGCCACCCUGAGCAGGAUCGCAGCUGUGAUCCGGCGACGGGGCCGGCGGCCGGGGGAACAGCAGCACCCGGCUCAAGGCAUGGAUGCAGCCAUGCUGGCAAUUCGAGCCACAAGUGACUUGUCUCUCCGAGCCUGGGACAUCCCGCGGCCACGGCUGGCUGCCCAGGGCGGUGGCAGCGCCAGCUGCGGGAUGCAGACAGGGCUGAAGUGCGGGGAGGCCGCGGGCAGCGGGGCCGUGCGGGAGCUGUUGGCUGGGGCCGGCUGGAGCGUCUGUGAGGGGAAAGCGGGGGAGCCUUGUGCCGGGCACAGGCGGUUGCAAGUAGUUGCAGCCAGCCGCAGCCAGUUGUGCGCCCCCUGCGCUGCCGUCCUCGGGGCGCCGGGAAACGGCCCAUUGUGA